AUGAGUAGCAAUCAAACAUCAUGUCAUUUUGACUCGGGCAUAUUUAUGCUUUGCGAAGCUAGACCAAUCUUUCUGGAUAUUAUAUAUGUAACGACUGGUCUAUAUUGCUUAUUAUCGGUGCUUUCACUUUCUUUGCUUCUGUAUAAGACUUUCUUUAAGAAAGCAUCAUGGUGGAAUGAUUAUAUGGUAGAACCAGUAAUUGGAUUCUUGACUUUUCUGACUUUACAUGGAUUGUUUCGAUCACUCACUUUGAUUAUUUUGGCGCGCGAAUUAAUUCCCUCGAGAUAUAUCCUCAAGUCGAUAAUAUCAUUUUUAAGUUGUCUAUUUGAAAUAAUCGCUAUUUGGACUUACAUGGUUGGAAUCUUUAAAACACUGCCGAGAUUGGCAUUUCAUCAGAUCAACACCUUCAACGGUGACAAACACUUCAUUCCGGGAGAUCGUUUAAUAAAAUUAUCAUACUGGGCAUUUGUCAUCAUAACGACUAAUUUAACAUUAAUAUCCGCAAUACUAAAAGGCUAUUAUCAAACAAUCGGAGAUGAACAGGGAUCUAGCAUGUUUCUGUCAAUAUUUCUUGCCGUCAUAUUUGCUGCCGAGGCGAUUACAUUUGCUUGUUUUAUAAAGUAUGGUCGAUUGUUGGUAGAAUUGCUUAAUGGAAGCGCACGAUUGUCGGGGGUUAGUGAUGAUAUUUCUCAGGAGAGUAUUGUUAAGUUUGCGAAAUAUAAAAUGUAUGUGACAAAGAUGAAAUUGACAAAUAGUAUUCUCACAGUGGUCGUAGGCUGGUACACUGUAUUUAGUCUUUUAUUAUUGCUUUUGCGAGACAAAAUACCGAUAACUUCGAAAAACUCGGCAUUCAUUAUAGGUGUAAACGCGAUUGGGACCGCGUUGGUGAUCCUGUUUGCCUUAUUCAGUAUUGCUCAUGGGGAACUUUAUAAACGUUACUCAGAAAGAGCCGUCGAUCUAAUCACUUCUAUUCAAUGGUCGAAUGUAUCGCGUGUUCGAUCAUAUGAAAUGGAAUAUGACAACGGAGAAACUAAUAAUCCACGCGAUUUACGUUAA